AUGGUUCACCAAGUGAUACCUGGUGCUAUAAAUAGAGAUGAAUAUGCUCAUGAUAUUGGAUCAGUUGAAGGAUUUGUUUUUCUUGCAUGUGCUGUAGGUUGCGAUAUAGUCAUAUUGGAUGCGGAACUAUCUCGAAUUCAGUUAUUACAAUCAAUACCAAAUGAACAGAAUAUGUCUCCUAAGAUAAGCUGCUGCUAUGAUUCAGGAAAAAUAGCUAUAGCGUAUGGUGCUUCAAUCAAAAUAUUUGAACCAACCACUGAUACUCCUAGUGAUGGGUCUCAUGAACAUAACUUUCCUUACAAAUGGGCUAAAGUAGAAGAAAUACCUACUCCUCAAAUAAUAGAUGCUAUAUUAUGGAGUUUAGAAGGUCUUCGACUUCUGGUUGUUCAACAGAAAUCGCUAUCCCUCUAUCAGCAUGGAAGUGUUCACAUUAAUACUAAAGAGCAGGAUGUCAAAAAAUGUGACUGGUCCAUAGUUUGGCAAAACACCUUGGCUCAGCCUAUAAAGCAUGUUCGAUAUAGUCCAGAUGGAGUUUUCUUGGCAGUUGCAAGCGAAAACGAUUUUGCUGUUCGUUUGUUCUAUCAAGAAUUUGCUGAGCACAAGUCACUUGUAUUCAACUAUAUCUUACUUCACCAUCCUGCACCUGUUACUGGGUUCCAAUGGCGUAAAACAGGCCGAUUCAUUCCAAGAAAAUCAAUAACAUCUGCUUUAAUAACAUGGUGCAAGGACAACACAUCUCGCAUAUGGAGAGAAACUCAUACUACAGAGCUUGCAGCCAUUGAAGUUUCAGGUGACGGAGGUGAACCUUUUUGGGAGCACUCAAGAUCACGAAAAUUUCUUGGUAGAGAAGUACAUUUGAAAAAGACUACUAGCAGAAUUGUGAGCAAAUUCAAGAAAAUAAUGACAGAGAAAAAGCGAAAGCAUAAAGAUCGUGUUGGGGACAUCAACACAAUCCGUCCUUCCCUCUCUCUUAUGGCCGUCUAUCCAAUUACGCACCAUUCACAAGGAACAGUUCAAUUUCAUCUGGCAGCCACUAUUAACGCUGACAUUAAUAUCCCUAUGAGUUCAUCAUGCAGAACAAAUGAAAAUGCCACUAUUGGGCCUCUGCACGUUCAUUGGCUUAAUAACAAAGAGUUAUCAUUCAAUUUGGAGUCAGAAAGACUGCUGAUAGAUGCUUUAAUGAAAGACAUGAAUCACGCUAAAAAUGUAUCGACAGAUUCAAAUCACAGUGAUAACUCUGAUAGAGAAGACCAUGGUUCUUGUUAUAAGUUGGAAACAGAGUCGAAAGGAAAAGAGCGUAAUGGAAAUGUGGAUAUGACAGCUCAAAAUAUUCUUGAUACGAAUAUUGAAAUGCUUUUAUCACAAUGGGAGAAAACGUCUGAUGUUCUCUAUGCUAUAUCACCGCAAGAUGGAAGUUUAAUACUAUGGACGAUUGAUUGGUUGGACAACUGCAAUCGCCAGCCUAACGCUGCCUUCUGCUCUCAGAUUCCAGCGUUGUUCACUAUGAUGGAUUCUAAAACGUUGAGACCCACAUUGAGUACAUUCUGCGCUUAUGAGCCAUUAUAUCAAUGCUUGUUAAGACAUGACUCAGAUUUGAAAGAGACAAAUAUGGAACAGUUUGUCGAAUAUCAGAACAGACAUCACAGCUUAUACUUAUUGAGUAGUCAUGACAAUGGAUCACUAAACUUGUGGGACCUGAAAUUAGAUCAGGAUAGCAAUUUCAGUGGAGUAUUGAAUGUGAGCCACUUAGCUCGCAUGUGUGGACAUAAGAAUGAUAUCAGAAAAAUUCUUCCGCAUCCUAUACUUCCUCUCGUGAUUACUUCUUCACAUAAUGAAGUACCUUUAGAAGAUCACGAAGCUGAUAAGAUGAGCAAAAACUCUGAGGCUGUUAUUUGGAAAUCACAACCUGUUGGACCUUUACAAAAAAAGGGUGGAAUCGAUGAAGUUGCUCGGAUUCAGAUGGAUACUUCGAGAGCUCUGAAUCAUUUUUGCUGGUUAAAGCCUGAUGCAUUUCUAAGUACUGAAGUGCAUACAGAUGAAUGCGGUGAACCAUGGCCUUGUUUCUUAACAAAUGUAGAACAAGAUCUUGUCUUCUAUCAAGUGAAGAUAUCGAACAAGGAAAAGGAAAUUUCAGUCAGUGAUGACAGAAAUAUCAAAGAAGUUGGCCGAAUCCACAAUGCUCUUAAGGAAGAAUCACAAGUGAAAUUUCUUCACAUAUACAAUGCUGCUCACAUCAUGCAUGUGAUUGAUGAGGAAGAUCUCAUGAGCACAGCAAGAAAAUACUACCUUUGCAUAAUUGAUGAAAUAAAAGGCCGUAACAGAGUUGUCUUCCAUGGAUUAAAUUUCUCACACGUCAACAAGCAACUUGUAGUUAACUGUGAACAUAUUUCCACGCAACUGCUCGAGCUUCCCAGCAAUGUCAAAAUUUGCCAAACUGUAACAUCGUUAGGGAUGUCGUCAAUGGAAUGCGUUCUACCCGUUUGUUCCGUUCCCUACCACUUCAUUACAAGUGUUUCAAACACACAAUUGCUGUUUUGGAAAAUUGAAGAGAAUUCAGACAAAAAAGUUAGUGUUAAGGAAUGGAAAACAUUGACCAACAAGAAAAGCAGUUCUUUGCAAUCUCCAGGACGAAUAAUUGGUUUAUGUGCUGCACAUCAUUCUCUGAUUGCGUUGGCUUACGUUAAUUCAAACGAUGAAAUUGUGUGCGAGGUAUAUGAAUGUGAGUCUUCUGGAGGAAUCGCUUGGGUUAAAGAGGAUACGUUUAUUCCCGAUCCUGAUGAAACUGAUCAUAGAGUUUCUUUGUCAUGGAUUUCUUCGGAAGAAGGUCGUUUCAUGCUCAUGAUAACAACCCAGGAUAAUAUACACGUAUACACGAAAGUUUCACCAGAUGCUGUUCAGAAAAAUGUUUCUUUAAUGAAAGAAAAAGAUUUUUCGUUGAGACGUCUCUCGGUGCGUAGUGAAACAUCUAGCAAUGAACGAAACAAUCAGAAUAAAUGGUACUGCAUUCGAAUGUUGAAACUUAGCAAUGAGAAAGGAGUUUCUCUACCAAAUGUUGCUAGUUAUACUAAAGAUGGUCUGUUAUUGGUUGGUAGAAAUCGCGAGUUGAAUGUUUUCAACCAAUGGGAACUUGAAAGAUACAGCACAAUAGAUUUGAAACUGGAAGCGGAAUCUUCGUCGCACAAAUCUCAGAACUUACCUCGGUCAACUUCACAAAACAUGUUUACAAACUGGCUUCUCACUAAGAAUUCGUUCGACAGUAACGUUGUUGAUGGACUGUAUGAUGCUUCAUACUUGUCUUCUCCUUGUUUACCGCAAUAUCAUCCUAAGCAGUUAACUGCACUGCUCAAUGCAGGCAAAACUAAAAGAGUUAAAGCUAUACUUUUGAAUGUAUUGAAAUCACUUAAGUUGCACGAAUCUUCUCAUACCACUGGACGUAAACCCUCUAUGAAGCGAAGAAUGAGCAUUGACCCCGAAAAUGUUGCUGAUGAAUUCUUACAAGAAAACACAGCGGAGUCAGCGGAGUACUAUGAAUUCAAAAACUUCAGCCCUGUUCCAAUUUAUGCUUUAAUGAAUGUGGAUCAACUAUCAACCAAACCAGCAGGAAAAGAGAAGAACAAGGCUUCAAAGGAUGAUUUUGGAUUUGAUGAUGAUAUUUCUGAUUUGUCUAGUUUGAGUGAUUUCGAUUACAAAGAUGAAGAUGAGAACAAAUUCGAAAUGCCUCCUCACAAUCUUUUCCAUGACCCUGACGAUGAAGAGGAGUAUUCUGUAGGUUUCACAACAGAGCACAAUAGACGUCUAACUGAACUUCUCACUCAUAUUCAUUUGCCUGGGUUAUCUUCAGUUGAUCAAAUGCACAUGCUGGCUAUAGCAGAUACUCUGAGUCAUUUUUCGGGAGAUGUUAUGGAUAAGCUUAAUUCCGGUACAGUUGCUAACGUGGUUGGAACGAUGGGUGGAACCGUACUAGCUCAAUCAGACUAUACAACAACAGCGAACGGAAUCGAAACCGUCGAUGAAUGCGGAUUGAGAUACAUGAUGGCUAUUAAACAGUAUGAAUACUUAGUUAUCUGUUUACCACCAAAGCAGAAACUUGAUUUGAUAAAGCAAGGCUUAUCACCCUCUCAUGUUAUAUGGGCUCUACAUUCUGAGACUGAGUUAGAAAUCCUACAAGCUACACCAGCAUGGACGAAAGCAAAUUCUACAUGGGAAGAUAUGAGAUCCAUGGGCAUCGCUUGGUGGCUGAAAAGUCCAGCCACUCUGAAAACAUGUUUCGAGAAGUUGGCUAAAGCUGCAUUCCAACAAAACCAAGAUCCCAUGGAUGCGUCAUUGUUCUAUUUGGCUCUCAGAAAGAAAAACAUACUAACACAUCUCUUUAAAACGUCACGUAAUACUACUAUGCAGCAAUUCUUCAACAAUGACUUUGAUAAUGAGCAUUGGCAGAAGGUCGCUAACAAGAAUGCUUUCGUUCUCAUGAGUAAACAACGUUUCCGUCAUGCCGCAGCAUUUUUCUUGUUGAGUGGUAGCUUAAAGGAUGCUGUUCAGAUUCUAUUGAGCAAAUGCAAUGAUAUUCAACUUGCGAUGGUUGUCGUUCGAGUAUAUGAGACUGACUUAGAGAAGCAAGCUAGUUUAUUGAAAGAGAUGCUAUGCAGAGAAGUGUUGAAUAUAACAGUCGAAGACUUCAAUGCGGCUAGGUUGGAUCCUGAAACUUCAGAAGAAGUUACUCAUACUUCCGAUCCAUUUGAGAGAUCUAUGGCGUAUUGGAUACUGAAAGAUUAUUCGCGCGCAGCAAGUACACUGUUAGAUGUAACGAACAACUGCACAGACCAUCGAUACAUAUCUGAUAUCUUCAAUUUCUAUUCAUAUUUGAGGAAACACCCUAUGGUUGUUAGACAACGUCUAACAGAUAAUGGAGCACAAAUUGGAUCUAUCGAAAAGUUCAUUGCAGUCGGUAGAAACUUAGAAAGCGUCGUUUUACCCCAAGAACGACGAUUGUUCUUCCAAACUGCUGCUAAACAUCUUGCUUGUGGUUGUCCGAUGCUGGCUUUAGAAGUUCUAAGUAGACUUCCACCUUACUUAACUGUGAUUGAAGCAGCUGCAGGCCGACGUUCUUUCUGUAUCUCUUUAGACGAAGAGACCAAUCUAUUAGACCAUGAAAUAAAGAAGAAUGAUCAAGAGAGAGGGCCAUUUGAUUCUAGUGCACAGUACCUCAAGAUGGUCUCUUGCUUGCGGAUAUUGUUUGAGGAGUUCUCAUCAGUCAUGAACAAGUUUAGUAUCGAAGAGAGCAGUAUGAGCAAGGAGUUUGGUGAGUGGUUUGAGAAGGAAGUAAAUGUCUUGAAAGAAAUAUGCACUACAAAAGAAUCGUACCACUUCGAUAUUCGUAGUAUUCUGUUAAGAUGCUUCUAUUUAUUCUCUAGCCUUCACUCAACUGAUGAUUUAGCUUUGAGCUCCGCAUUGACUGAGCUUUCAAUCUUACUAAAAAGAUAUGAGACUGAUGAACCUUCAUUAGUGAACAUGUCUGUGAUUUCUAGCCUUUGUGUACCUUCUCCAGCUGAGAUGAUUCAAAAGCGGUCAACUGAGUUAUUGAUGGCCUUAUCUGAAAUCAAGCUUGUUCCUACCGAUUCCAAAGAUCUAUCAAAAUGUUAUGCUAUGUUCAAGCAAGGCCAAGCACUGUCUUCUUGCAUUUAUCAAACUUUAGGAAGCAUAACCGAAGAUUCCAUCGAAUCAGUGUUUAAUAUUGUUUAUGAAACCGAUUGUAACACAGGAAAUGAUACCAUCACUCAACUGAAAAAUUACAAACCGAAUGAAAUGCUAAUUGAAAGCUUCAUGGCCGUCAGCAUGUCUUUGUUUGCUUUCUCGUUAGCGACUCAUAAUACCCGUUGGCUAUAUCGUCUUGCAACACAAACAAUAUCUCGUCCAAUAUUCAUAGCAUUGUUUGGAGAUGUUCUAUCUGGGAUGUGGAUGCCACCCACUCAAUCGAUUCUUCAGUUCUUCGCGGAGAAGGGGGCUCCGGAUGGUGUUGACACAAAUACUAUUGACUAUGACUCAGAAGCUGAAGAGGAUGACUUGGAUGAAACGGAGAGAGAACUCAACAAAAUUACAAGUCCAGCAAAGCCAUCCUAUGCUUGGCAUCUCAUGAGGCUCGGGCUUUUCGAACAACAGAAAUACAUUUUGAAACAACUUGGUCCAUUACUAAACUAUGAAAUCAAAUCACUUUCUGGCCCAAUCAGUUCUGUUUUCCAGCUUUUAGAUUCAUGGUCUUUACAGACAAGACAAAACUUAAUAUCCAAUCAAGAAUCACCUGAGGAUAUUAUGAAAGACGUCGUUUCUAGCUUAAUGAAGACAGAUUUCGCCAAAAAGUAUGCUUUCAUUGUGCAAAGCAUGUCGAACGACAUAUAUGAUGUGGAUUUAUGGCCUAUUGCUUCGGAUAAGAGAAUGUGGCAGUUCCUAAUUCGUUUACCCCAUUUGCAAUCUCUUCUUUUCCCUCACAUUUUCACUUCUCAAUCUUUGAAGGAUGAACCAGAUGAUUCCUCGGACAACAUUGGAUCUACUUGUGGAUAUGGGCACUCAAAUGAAGUGACAACUCCUUUUAAAAUAGUUCACAGAGACAAUGAUUCCAUUGUUUCAUUUGCUUCAAGCCAUAUUAAGUCUGGGCUAUUAGUUCUGUCGAACGGUAAAGAGCUGCAGGAAAUGGAUGUCAGCAGAGCUCUACACUUCUAUGCAGGACCAACAAUUAAUAAUAAUAACAAAUUGCAUGUCUACGAUAUUGAACAUGCUGAAGCUGUUACUGAAUUUUUAACCGACGAUUAUCAUCUUGAGUUUGAGAACACAAAGAUUAAUUUAGAGCAUUCUGUUAGCAUGCAAAAAGUUAAAUGGAGCCCUUCGCAUACUCAAUGCAAGCUGCCUAGAAAACCUUCUAAUGGUGUUCGACGUUUGGAUUCUCAUCCGUCAGAGUCGAUUUAUGCUAGUGGUGCUAACGAUGGAUCUAUUCGCGUUUGGGAAUGGGGUGUUAAACAGCCAGUUGUUACAGCACGUGUAGCUGGGCAAUAUGCGAGAGUUGCUAAAGUGUCGUUCUCUCAAAAUGGAAACAAAUUAGCUGCUGUAGACGGUGACGGACUGCUUUGUUUAUGGCAAAUAACACAAUCGGAUAGUACCCGUAAACCAUUCUUCAGUCAACGAUGUAAUAACAAGUAUGCAACAGAUGUCCGCUUUCUUGGUCCAAGUUCAUCUGUUCUUUUGACUGCUGGAAACUCUACUGGAGAUUACAACAUUGCCAUAUGGGAUACUUUGUUGCCGCAGAACAGAGCGCUGGUUUCUUCUUGGGCUGCUCAUCCAGAUGGUGCAACCUGUGCAUCUUUCUUAACCACCCAACAAACAAUCAUAUCUGGUGGUAAGCAUGGUGAAGUGUGCUUUUGGGAUGUUCGUCAAAGAUCAUUGAGAACAUCAAUGAGAACGUUCGAUGUUAACACAACAAUAACUUCUUUGGUUGUUGAUAAUGACGAGGAGUUUGUGGUUGCUGGCUCAAGUGAUGGCGACAUCAAAAUUUGGUCACUAGAUUCAACCCCUCAACUUCUGUUUGAAAUUCCAGCUGAAAGUGCAAACAAGCAAGUUUUCUCUUUCCGGACAGGCGGUCAGUCUUCCGGCCAAGGAAUCGUGCAGCUUUACUUAGAAAGCAAAGUACGCUUGUUCGCUUGUGGUAGCGAUGGUGUACUACGAAUUCAUUCCCUUCCUGUUGUGAGCACUCCAUGA